CCACCUGAAAAUCAAGAGAAACAAAUAAAAUAAUAAUCAAUUUUAUAAACGCUACCGCCCAACGCGCCCGUUUAACAAUCGAGGAUAUAUCACCACAAGAGGGUGUUUUUUUUAAUUAUUCAAAUAUUCGUUUAUUGAAUUAAAACAGAAGAUUUUUUAUACCAAUUAUCGUGGGGUUAUUGAAAUACUCUCAAAUUCAACCGUGGGGCCAUCAGCUGGGUCCAUCCCACCGUUGAUGAAAUAAUUUGGCGGUGUGGAAUCAAUUAACCUAAAAGAAGACAAACUUCUAGUGCUCGAUAAAAAUUGAAGAAGAUAAUAAAGUAACAAAAUGUCAACUGCAUUACUGGCCGUAUUCGCGGUUAUACUCUGCAUUCUGUUCCGCAUAUUGAAUGUCAAUAGCGCGGCUCGAAAGCCGGUUAUGGUUUGCCACGACGAGGCAUUUUUAGCCACCAUACUUAAAAUUGCCCCAGUAUUGAGAGACCCGUACAAGCCGACCAGAUUAUGGGGAUUCAGCGGACAUGUUCAAACGAUAGUGCACAGCAUUAUUGGAAGGGUUCGAUGCCCAUGGCCUAUAGGAGAAAGAGUUUACAUCACUUUAUCAGACAACACGACGUUGACUUAUGACCUGUAUCAACCAUUGACAACGGAUCAUCAAGAUGAUAUUACAAUAGCUAUCUGCCCUGGGAUCGGUAACAGCUCCGAAAGUGUUUACAUCAGAACUUUUGUACACUUCAGCCAAUGUCACGGAUAUCGUUGCGCAGUUUUGAACCAUGUUGGCGCUUUGUCCAGCGUGGCUGUCACUGCUCCAAGAAUAUUCACCUACGGGCACACGGAAGAUUACCACAUUAUGCUGCAAAGUUUGAUCGAGAAACAUCCCAGUACCCAAAUAGUUUGCGUAGGGUUCAGCCUCGGUGGUAAUCUGGUAACAAAAUACAUGGGGGAACGAAGCAGCAAUAAAUUAUCGAGUAUUAUUGGUGGAAUAUCGAUUUGCCAGGGUUACAACGCUAUCGAGGGCACCAAGUUCCUGUUAAAUUGGCAAAAUUUUAGACGUUUCUAUCUGUACGUAAUGACCGAGUCGGUUAAAAAUAUUAUUCUCCGACACAAACGAGUGUUACUUGCUGAUAAAGUGAAACAGAGACAUGGCCUAAAUGAAAGAGACAUAAUUUCUGCCGCCACUCUGCCGGAACUUGACGAAGCCUACACACGGAAGGUACACAACUUCAGAUCAGUCAAGGAAUUGUAUAAAUGGAGCAGCUCCUUGAAUUAUCUUACCAAUAUUUCCACACCAAUGGUAUUCAUCAACGCCCUUGACGACCCUAUCGUUCCAGAGCCGCUAUUAAAUCCUAUCAAGGACUUUGCAUCUCAACAUUCCAAUAUCUUGUACGUAGAAGUGGCACAUGGUGGUCACCUUGGUUUCUACGAGGGAGGCUUGCUCUAUCCAAAUCCAAUAACGUGGUUAGAUCGUACGCUGGUUUCUCUGGUUGGUUCAUUGGCAUUGGCCCACGCAGAUCGUGCACUGAAAAUGUCUUAACCGCUUAGAAAGAUACUUAACAUCGUCGUCCAACUGACUCAUUCGCAACACUUUGACUGUUAUCAUUGGACGUGCGACAGUUGGAAAGAUCGUUUAGAAUUUGAGUCGGAAUAAUGACAACAAAAUAUAUAUAUAUACAUAUUGGCGGUUAUGUAUCGAUGUGGGUGUGUCUCAACGAUUGUAUUUAUUGUUAUUUAUUUACCGUGCUAUUUUAUACAUGUACUUGGGUACUUUUCAGAGUUUAAAGUGAAUAUAGGUGUUUAGAAUCCAAGGUUUAUACUGCACAUGAACACAAAAAUACACCGCUCUACGUUUAACGCAGUUGUAGCAGACAACGUCCAUAACGUUCCUCGUGAUCUUAUUGUUAGUGCAAACUAUUUGCAGUUAAACUUAAUAAUAUUAUUAUUCAAAGCACACCAUUUGAGAAAAAAAAAAAAUUUUGAGAGAUCGUAUAAUGACAAUGUAUUAUUCUAGGCAAUUUUUUGCUUCUCCACAAAUUAAUUAAUAUACAACUGCUACGUUGCUGUAUGAUCGCAGAAAUAAUUUGAACAUAUUUCAUUUUUCAACUCGUCAAAUGCAAAGCAAGGGAUAAGACUAUUAUUUGUCGUUAUGAAUGAUAUAAUCUUUGUGCAAUACUGAUUGAAAAAAAAAAGCCAAACAAAUUACUAAACCACCUUUAUUUUUAUCGAUGAUGUGAAAAAGAGUUUUCUCAAAAUUAUAUAAAUUUUCAAAUUUAUCGUUGUCCACGUCACAAAUUUACCUGUUUCUGAAUUAAAUGCGUAAUUUAAAAAAUGAUGAUAUAUGUUUUUUUCAAUCAUGGUAUUUUAUUUUUGAAAAAAAAAAAAAAAUUUAUGGUUUUUGAUUAUCAUUUUUUCUUCACGUACCUGCUUAAUCAUUAGCGGAUCUAUUUUGUAUUUUCGAAAAUCGAUAAAUUUGUCACAAUUACUACGUCAACGGGAACUGUUGCUCAAUGAAUUUGUUCGAACAAAUAAUGAAAAAAAAUUAACAACAAAAACGAAAGUAAUAUAUUUUGCUUCUUGUUUUUUGAUAAAUUGGAUCUCUAAAAAAUCGCUACCAUAAAAUUUAUGCAUACAAAUACAUUUGUGUGAAUUAUAAUACAUUACUAUAUCAUUUUUAUUGUUAUUGUUGUCAUCGUCGUGUCAUUUUGUUAUUGCAUUCGUUCGAUUCUCAUGGCUUGACUAUACAUCGGCGUUAAAAUAAAUCAACGAGAUUAACAACAAAGACAAUUAUUCGGGAGCAAUUAACGAAGUUCCUUGAUAAAUUGUAUUUUUUUUCCUUCUAUUACGGAAUAUCGUUGAUUCGCUCUAGAUAUGAACAAACUGAGGGAUGAAUUUUUUUUUAUACACGAUCGGCUGCUAUUGUUAUCACGGUACUACGGUACGGUUGUUGGUUCCUCGUCGCAUAUUAUUGUAUACAUAUAAAUAUAUUUAUUGAAUAAAGCUUGGAGAAAAAGAAAAAAAAAAAAACAAAGGUUGCAUACAGCUAAUGAGAAAUCUGUAAUUAUAACAUACGUUAUAUACACAUCAUAAUUUAUGUAUUAUUAUGUAAUUUAAGUAUUUACAAAUUUUAUUUCGAGGCUUAUAUGCGAUAUGAGAUAUAUGUAUCUACACAACUGCAUAUGGGGUGUCGCGUUUUAAGUGAAACGGGUGCAGAGAUGGCGAUAAAAAGCGAGAACAAAAAUAAAAAAAAAAUAUUAAGAAAAAUUUAAAAAAAUGGAUUCAUGGAUUACAAAUUUUUUUUUCUUUUUCAUUUGAUCAAAUGAUGCCGCGGCGAUUCGCUUGUGGAUGAAUCCUUUUGCGGUACAAAAAAAAAGAAUAAUAAUAAUGAAUAAAACUAAAAGAAUAAUUGAAAAUUUGAAUGAUAUUGUAUUUUUUCUAGUUGCGGAGGUAUUGGUCAUGGAUAAAAAUUAAUUUGAAAUGUAACACCGUGUGUAAUAUAUAAAUAUAGGUAUGUACUGAAUAGUGUUAUAUUGCAACAUGCAUAUGUAGGUAUAUAAUUUAGGAGUCGUAGUGAUCGAAAAAAAAAGACAAGAAAGGAAAUCGGUACCGCGUGUGUAUAUAAUAAUAUUUGAAUAAAUUAUUAAUAAAUUUGGCAUUAUCAAAUUAAACUUGGAAGAAUGAUCCUUAUCGUAAUC